ACGCAAGCAGGCAGCCGCUUAACGACUGAGCCACCCAGGCGCCCCCCCAAAAUAAAAAAAUCUUAAAAAAAAAAAAAGAUCGGCAAACAGGACCACCCACUUUGCCACAACACGGAGUCUCAACAUAUUCCAGAGAAUCAACAGAACACAGGCUACAUUAUCUGGCUAGAAAAACAAUAAAAGUCCAUGAGAAUGAAAAUGAGCAAAAACCAAAAACUUGGCACUCUUGUAAAUAACUAGAAAGGAAAAUGAUAAAUCAGCGUGGACAUUUACGAAAUGUUUAGAACCCAAUGACAAUAAGGGAGCUACAAAUCAAAAUUCAUGGGACAAAGAAAGUUUUAUAGCCUUAAAACAUAUUAUUUAAAAAGAAGGGGGGGCGCCUGGGUGGCUCAGUCGUUAAGCGUCUGCCUUCAGCUCAGGUCAUGAUCCCAGGGUCCUGGGAUCGAGCCCCACAUGGGCUCCUGGCUCAGCGAGGAGUCUGCUUCUCCCUCUCCCUCUGCCUCUCCCCCUGCUCAUGCUCUCUCUCUCUCUGUAUCUCUGUGUCUCAAAUGAAAUAAAAUAAAAUAAAAUCUUUAAAAUAAAUAAAUAAAUAAACAGAAGAAGGGUGCCUGGCUGGCUCGGUUGGUGAAGCGUGUGACCCUUGAUCUCAGGAUUGUGAGUUUGAGCCCCACACUGGGUGUAGAGAUUACUUGAAUAAAUAAAAUCUCUUUUAAAAAAUUUAAAAAAACAGAUUGAAAAUUUAUGAGCCAAGCACUAAACUCAGUCAGAAAAGUACAGAAUUAACUCAAAGACAGAAGAUAAAAUGAAAUUAAUGAAGAUAACAGCAUAAAUUAAUGAAACAAAUUGGAGAUUCAAUAAGAGCAGAGGUUGAUUCUUUGAAAAAUUGAAUAAAAGGCACCAAGAGAGGGGGCCCUGCAGUCCUGGCUGGGAGAAGCAUAACCUUGGGGGUUGAGGGCACGGCGGACAAAGGUGAUGCUAAAGUGCUUGCGCAUCAUCCUGUGGGCAGUGGGGAGCCAUGGAGGGUCCCGAAGUUAAGCACAAAGGGAAGUGGUGUGGUCGGUCUGGCAGCUGACGAUGGGAGCCUGGGCUCUGCAGGCGAUCCAGCCAGAGCUGAGAUCAGGUGCAGCCUGGGGAGGUGCAGGAAUUGGGGGCUGAGGGUUCCUCCCCCAGUAGCUCUAUUACUGCCUCUCUGUGUGACCCCGGACAAGAAGACACUUAGCUUCUCUGUGCCACAGGGUCCUCCACUUGAAGUGAUGGAGAGGAUCCUACAAAUCUUCCCAGCCUGGGCCAGCAGCCACUCCAUCCCGGUCCUCACUAACAGAAUCCCAUUUCAGGAGGGGUCUGCAGAUACACGCAGCCCUGGGGUGAACCUUGGCUGACCUAACACACAGCCAGGUACUCGCCCAGCCUGGAGGGGCUUGGGAGUGGGCCCCUGGGCAAAGGUGAGGGUCCCCCAGAAGGGAAAGGCUCAGAGGAGGGAACCAUUUUGUGGCUGACCCCUUGCCAUGAGGAGAGAUACACAGACAUGUGGAGGGUGCCAGAAGGGAGUAAGGAAACCCCGGGUGAUACCCCUGAACCUGAGCCAGCCACAAGACCACCAACCUCGAGCUCUGAAUCCUAGUAAAUACUAAUAUCCUGGGGGUUUAGUCCCCGUUGGUUAUGAGGCAGUGAAGUGCUGAAGAACCCUGGGGCCCAGUUCUGCUGGUCUUUACCUGUGCUUCCUUGGGCAAGUGUCUCAACCUCUCUGUCCCUGUUUCCUGUCUGCAAAUGUCAAUAAAAAAUACUUUCACCUGGGGCACCUGGGUGGCUCAGUCGGUUAAGCGUCUGCCUUCGGCUCAGGUCGUGGUCUCAGGGUCCUGGGAUUGAGUCCCGCAUUGGGCUCCCUGCUCAGUAGGGGGCCUGCUUCUCCCUCUGCCCCUCUGUCCCACCCCUCCCCCUGCUUGUGCUCUCUCUCUCUCUCUCCCCCAAAUACAUAAAAUCUUAAAAAAAAAAAAACUUUCUCCUUCUUAGGGUUUUAUGCAGAUUCGAGAAGGAAAUGCAUGUGAAGUUUGGCCCAGACCACGGAAGUCUUUGUUGUCGUCUGUGGGUCAACAGGCUCUGGAGCCUGUGUGUCCUGUGCUGUGUCCUUACUGCUGCUCCCCCCUCCCAACAGACACACAGACACACACACAGACAGACACAUGCAUCCUGCUCCUUCACACCUGAUCCACCCAGGUGUGCCCUCCCCGGGGUUCUUCCCGGAACUCCCCAUUUAACCUUCAGUCCCCAAACUACAGGUUCCAGAGGAAUAUUCGAGAAGCCUUCCCGGCGCAGGGGCCUCGGCUUCCCGCUCUCCCGCGGGGACCCCCCCGGCGCUGGGGUGUGCCCCUUUCCCGGUUGGGAGCGCAGGCCGGGCCCCCGGGGGCGGCGAGUGACGCAGGCGUUGCGCUCAUGCGGCUCUUGGCAGUCAGGGCACGGCUCCCAUCGUCGCCGCCGGUCCCCCGAGGCCCUCGCAGCCUCUUCUUGUCUUUCCUUCGGGCCUGGGCGCCUGCUCCCGCCGCCCCGGAGGCCUGGCCCUCCCCUGGACUGCGUGGUGGGGGAGGGGGGCUUCGGGGGUCGCGGGGGAGGGGGCAGCCACUGGGCCCAGCCCAGCGGGGACACCAGGCCGGGCCCCCGGGGUCCCAGCCGGAGCUGGGAGUCCCCAGAUGGGACUCCACCCAUCCUGCCGCUUACAGGCGUUUAACACCGGAGAGAGUGUCAAAAAUGUGUCCGGUUUAUUUUGCUUUUUAUUUAGGUUGUUUUUGCAAGUAAGACCUCUUAUGAGGCCUUUUCAUUUCUGAUUCUUUGAAGCUUAAUGUAAGCCCCUGUAGAGAUCUGAUGGAUCUUCACCUUGAGCUCCCCCCAUGAGAGGAGGAAGCCAAGGUUUGCCAUUUCUCACUCCUGGUGUGGAUCCAUCUCAGCUCGGGGCCUGUCUGCCUAAAGCCCAGCAUUUUCUCAUGCUUGUGAUUCUUGCUCUGUGGAUCCUCUUUGAUUCAAUUCAGUGAGCAGUUUGGGGCUCCUACAACUUUGCUCCCUGCAGUUUCCCUCUUCACAGUAGACAGAGCAUUUGCGUGUCUACACUGCCGAGGGUCCUCAAGUGUCACUGGUGGACCACAGGUGAGGAGAGCGAAAGGUGGACUUACUGUGGCCGCAGAGGCCCUUUGAAAGUGAGGUCAACCCCCUUCCGACAGGCUGUGUGCAUGUCACGUGGUGCGGGCUCUGGGUUGAUCCUGAGAAAAGGAGAAUGAGAAACAGGAAUGGAUGGACCCUGGGGCAGUUAACUGUUACUUGCUCUCAGAAAAGAUAGUCUAGGGUUGCCUGGGUGGCUCAGUCAUUAAGCGUCUGCCUUCGGCUCAGGUCAUGAUCCCAGGGUCCUGAGAUGGAGCCCCACAUCGGGCUCCCUGCUCGGCGGGAAGCCUGCUUCUCCCUCUCCCACUUCCCCUGCUUGUGUUCCCUCUCUCGCUGUGUCUCUCUGUCAAAUAAAUAAAAUCUUAAAAAAAAAAAGAAAAGAAAAGAUGGUGUAACAGUCAGGAAAUAAAGAGUAUUCUGAGAUUUGAGGCUUAAUCUGGAGGCUUGCAACUCUUUGUUUUGUAAAUAUUUCAGAAACUCUUAACCUUUAUAGCACCUUGGUCUGAUUCCCUUAAAUCCUCACUGAGAUAGGAAGCGAGGUUGUUAGUACAUUAAGCGAGUAACUUUGGGAGCAGGUGUGGCUUGCCCAAGGUCACAGAGUAACUCCCGGGAAAGCUGAGGCUGGUACCCAGAGCUUCCCACCCUCCCUUCCUCCCUUCCAUAAUCUAUUGAAAACCCACUGCGUGGCAAGCACCGUACGAGACUAUGGCACCGAACAGAAAAAUGAAGUCCCUUCUGCCCUGGGGGUCUCACUCUAGAGGGGCACAGCCAUACACACGCACAAAAGAUAAACAGACAAGGAAAUGAGCUGCAGGUUGUAGUAAGUGCCUAUUAACCCUUCAACGCUGAUUCAAGUUAGAAAGUAAUCGAAGUGGGGCUGAGGGAGGGAUGUGCCAGGUGGGUGGUCAGGGAGGUCUCCUCUUAGGAGCAGACACCGAAGCAGCCAGGUGAAUCCUACAGAGGGGUGAGGGGAGGGGAGGCUUCUAGAACAAAGAAACAACACGUUCUGAGAUUUCAAAGCAGGAGCAAAAGGAAGCAGAUAGAUUUGAGAUGUCUUUUCCAGGUAGGACUAAUAAAGAGGGAAGUGUAGGAAUGUGGGGUGUUCAAAAGGUCCAUGUGACAUGUGAGGUGAUAUAUUUGACCUGACAGCGCAGUAACAAGACUUUUUCUAGCCCCUGCGUGUUCCAAGAGGGUGGGUGUUAGGCCACGCAGCUGGCCUAAACUAGGCCUGUGGCCUCCACCACAACCAAGAAUCAUAAGGGAGCAACAGUUUGGACCCAGCUCCUCUCCGGGCCCCAUGAAUGGAAUGAGCAUGUUCCUCCUGGGUUAACCCAGGAUGCUAUUCUCUCUGGAAGACUCUCUUCAGUUCUUAAUGAGAAUAAUGGCAUUAGGGCCCCUGGGUGGCUCAGUCGGUUAAGCGUCUGCCUUCGGCUCAGGUCAUGAUCCUGGAGUCCCUGGAUGGAGCCCCGCGUCGGGCUCCCUGCUCAGCGGGGCGUCUGCUUCUCCCUCUGCCCCUCACCCCCGUCUCGUGCUCGCUCUCUCUCAAAUCAAUAAAUAAAAUCUUUAAAAAAAAACAGAGUAAUGGCAUUAACAAUACAAUACCGUUAUUAAUUAGCUUUACAAUGGUGCAGCAACUUUUCUAAAGCUCUUAUGUAUUACAUGAUUUCAGUCCUCACAACACCAUGAGGUGGGUACUAGUUAGUAUCUUCCCGACAUUACGCUGGAAGAAAGUGAGGCACCGAGAGGUCAAGUAACCUGCCCGAGUCAUGAAGUUUUGAGCAACAGAAGCCAGAUUCUGACAGGCCACUGGGCUCCGGUGUCCUCACAGUCCAUAAGGGGAUGUUCCUGAAGAGCCUGGCGUCAGGUCCGCAGUGUGGGAGGUCUCUCCCUGGGACACCAACCCCCUUAGAGCACUUGGUGGGGAGAAGGCAGCCCAGAGCUUUCUUGGGCACCCUGGAGAGGCGGCGAAGAGCCUGGGGCUGGGAGAGCUAGGGGCUGAACAGAUCCUGAGAGGAGCAGGGUGGCUGGCCUGGGUCCAAGGACCAGAGGGGCGCUCCAGUGGCCCAGGAGAGGGAGGCUUUAGUCCCUUCAUCCCACCAGCCUGGGGUCGUGAACCAAAGUCCGCUUUCUCAGGCUGGGCUCAUUUGGCUGUGGCUCCUCCAGCCCCCCCAACACCAAAGCUCCCUCGCCCCCACUUCCACCCUAGGCCCGAGAUGGUUCCUGCCUCGGCACCCACAAACUAGGGUCCUUGUCGGGGUAGGAAUUGGGGCAGGUGGCUUUCCCCCCACCUUUGAACCUUGCUGGGUCUGAACCCUGCUCUGGGUGUGUGUGGGGUGGGGGGUGGGAGUGUCCCCCCCAGGAGGCUAACCCUCCUGAUGGGGUUCUGCACAUCUGACGGUCCCCUGUCCCACUGAUCCUGGGCCGGGGCUGAUCCUGCUCCCUGCACACCAGCCCCUCGGGCCCCCCUUCCCACCUUCUCAGGGGGCUGUGCUUGGGGACCGGCCCGCUGCCCCCCAGCCUCCUCUGGGCAGCCAGAAAGAUCGGAGACGGUUUCCGCGAGACCCCCCCGCCCCCAUCCGUCCCUCUCCCCGGGUCCAGAGAGCCACAAUCACGGUCGCAGCAGCUCCUGUCACUCGGCAGCCACGCGGCUGCCAGUGACAGCCCGCAGGCCGGCACCCCUCCUCCCCAGCGCCCCCCCAGACAGGUCCACGUGCGUCCCCAGAUGCCUGAAUCACUGCCUGGCGGUCGUGGGCUCCUGGGGAGUCACUGGGGAGGGGGGGUGGCGGCCACGUCGUCUCCGGGGGAGCACCUGCAGACAUAAAAAGGCCGCCCGCGAAGGCAGCCCAGCACACUGCACACUGUGCCCACCUGCGCCAGGAUGCCGGACGCCGUGCUCCCCGCCUGCUUCCUGGGCCUGCUGGCCUUCACCUCCGCCUGCUACUUCCAGAACUGCCCGCGGGGCGGCAAGAGGGACUUGUCUGACCUGGAGCUGAGACAGUGUCUCCCCUGCGGCCCCGGGGGCAAAGGGCGCUGCUUCGGGCCCAGCAUCUGCUGCGGCGACGAGCUGGGCUGCUUCGUGGGCACGGCCGAGGCGCUGCGCUGCCAGGAGGAGAACUACCUGCCGUCGCCCUGCCAGUCGGGCCACCAGCCGUGCGGGAGCGGGGGCCGCUGCGCCGCCGCCGGCCUCUGCUGCAGCCCGGAGAGCUGCGUGACCGAGCCCGAGUGCCGGGGGGGCUCCGGCUUCCACCGCCGCGCCCGCGCCAGCGACCGGAGCAACGCGACCCAGCUGGACGGGCCGACCGGCGCCUUGCUGCUGCGCCUGGUGCAGCUGGCGGGGGCGCCCGAGCCCGCGGAGCCCGCCCCGCCCGGCGUCUACUGAGCCGCUCGCUCGCCCCAAACCCCCGAGCCCCCCGCAGCCUGGAAAAAUAAACCUUUAAAAGUGCACCCGCGAGUGUCUGUCUCCGUGUCCGGGGGUGGGGAGGGGGCGCAGAGGAGACGGUGGGGCGCGGACCCCCCUCGGUCACCCGCGCCAGCCAGUCCG